GAGAGAGAGAGAGAAGGCCAAUUAUUAUUUUGUUCUCUCUUCUUUCAACCAGUGAUCUCCUUGAAAUUUUCCUUCUCAUCCCCAAGGGAAAAAACAUGGAGAGUGAUCCAAUUAAUGUAAGUGAAUUUCAAGAGCUCGCUAGACAGGUUCUUCCAAAAAUGUACUAUGAUUUCUUUAGAGGGGGAGCUUGUGAUGAGUUUACCUUGACAGAGAACAUUAAAGCGUUUCAAAGAAUUUUGUUACUACCAAGAGUCCUGGUGGACGUAAGAAACAUUGACAUGUCAACCAACUUACUGGGUUACAAUCUGUCUUCACCAAUAAUCAUCGCCCCUACCGGAAUGCACAAAUUUGCGCACCCAGAAGGGGAAGUGGCAACAGCAAGAGCUGCAGCAACCUGUAACACAAUAAUGGUGCUGUCCUUUGCUUCUAAUUGCACUAUUGAGGAAGUGGCUUCAAGCUGCAAUGCAAUUCGCUUCUUACAGUUAUAUGUUUAUAAAAGACGAGACAUUGCUGAAAAGAUAGUAAAGAGAGCUGAGGGAAACGGAUUCAAGGCUAUUGUUUUGACAGUUGAUACUCCCAGGCUAGGUAGAAGGGAAGCAGAUGUUAAAAACAAAUUGGUCGCACCAACAUUGUCAAAUCUUGAAGGUCUACUAUCAGUUGCUGCUGAUAAUAAAUCCGGCUCUGGUCUUGAAGCAUUUGCAUCUGAAACUCUGGAUGAUUCUUUGAGCUGGAAGGAUGUUGGAUGGCUGAAAUCUAUUACCAACUUACCAAUUCUUCUCAAAGGCGUGCUUACUGCAGAAGAUGCUCGAAAAGCAGUGGAAGCAGGAGUAUCUGGAAUAAUUGUAUCCAACCAUGGUGGACGACAGCUUGAUUAUUCACCAGCUCCAAUAUCUGUUCUUGAAGAGGUAGUUGAUGCUGUAUCUGGUGCAAUCCCUGUACUUGUUGAUGGAGGGUUUCGUCGUGGAACUGAUAUUUUCAAGGCCUUGGCACUCGGUGCUAAGGCUGUCAUGAUUGGAAGACCGGUGGUAUUUGCCUUAGCUGCAAAGGGGGAGCAAGGAGUAAGAAAAGUAAUUGAAAUGCUUAAGAGUGAACUAGAGCUCACCAUGACUCUCACUGGCUGCCCUACCCUGAAGGAUAUUAAGAGGAGCCAUGUUCGAACUCCCCGUGAUCAAUUGAGAUCCUUAAUGUAAUGAUUUAAUCAAAAAAUCUUGGAAUCCGGGUAAUAAAUAGUGCUAAAAGGAGAGCUGUGUUGUGUGCUUUUCUGAUGCCAUCAAUAACUCUGUGAACAUAGCUAGUUCUUGAAGGUAGAAUAAUGUUCAAUUAUUUUUCUUAGGAAUUUGCAGAUAUUGUGAAUAAUAUGCUUUAAGAAAUUUAAUCUUGGAGUUUUGAAA